UGUCUAUAGAAAUUGUAAAUUGAGGACGUUGAGGUUAGGAUUACAUCUUUCUUCACUCAAGCUCAAGGCACAAGAUAUUAUUAUUGAGCCACAGAAUAUCUAUAUUAUGAUUGUUUGUUCAGUUAUUUUAAAUACUUGAUAUGAAAAUACUUAGCCUUUUUCCCAUUUUUCAAUAGUAAAAUAAUUGUUGAUAAAAAUGAAUGUUUUUAAACCAAGAGUAUGGAAACAAAUCUCAGCUGUAGGCAGUCGCUUCUACAAGGCAAGGGACAUGGAAGUGAAUAAAAACCCCAUACCUACUGAGCUGGAGAUAGCAUUCGAAAAAAUGAAAUGGGCAAGAGACUAUAAUGAACAGGAGACCACUUUCUCGAAACUCUUCAAAGCGUUCAGUCGGAGAAAAGAUGACCAGCCAAGAAGAUUACUAUUGGCUGACGACUUUACGUUUGAAAACAUGCAGAUGUGGCUGAAAGAGAUGAAGAAAUAUAAUAUGAUCGAAACGCAGCGCUACAGGGAGGAUCGUCAUGAGACAUUAGGGAACGAUCUGGCUGUCGCUCAUUUCAUCGUUUACAGAGGUGGGCGAGUCAAAUUCUACGGUCAUAACCACUGGAUAAAAACCGUCAAAAAUGAAGACUACUACGAAAAUCUUCCGAAAUCGUUCGAUCCGACUAUGUUCUUGGAGGCGGUCGACGCACAAGGCAUGCAACUUAUCUACGAGGCCUUCGAGAAUUUCAAAGGACUGGCGCGAUUGCGUUGGUUAUCACUAAACGACAACCCUCAUUUCAACGACUGGUGUCUCGAUAGAAUAUCCUGUGAGCUAAAGGAUUCGUUGGAGUAUUUGGACAUCAGCAACUGUAGAAAAGUCACCUACAGAGGUUUGACGUGUUUGUAUAGAAUGGAAAAAUUGAAAGUGCUCAAAGUAGAGAAUAUUGCUGAUUCGUUGGAGUUUCAGCUCUCGUGUCUUGAGCUCGAAGAAGCUAUUCCCGAGUUGAAAAUUGAAGGUGUUAAUUACAUGGAGCCUGAUCAAAGUAAAAGAGAGGUUCAAUAAAAUUUGUAACAUAAGUUGAGGGUAGUAUAUAUCUAAUAAAAAUAUCUAAAUUGCAA